CAAUAGCAAUUAAGCAAAGGAGGGCAGCCCCUGCAAGGGCUUAAAGGGUCAAAAGAGCACUAAAAAGAAUCCACCCUCCAAAGGUGAAAAGAAGGGGAAAGAUUAAGGAACAGGGGACGCCACCCACUGACAAAGAUUAAGCCCCAAACCCACCAUAAUCUCUCUGUUUCUCUCUCUUUCUUUCUCUCUCUCUCUCUCUCUCUCUGUUUCUCUCUGUCUCGUCCCAUUUGUCCCCCUGAGGAACGCCGUAACGGAGCCCCGCGGAACGCCGUUAUCCACCUCAGCAACAGGGCCACCCCGCGCCCCGUUCCUCGACGACUUCCCCUGUUUCCCGCCGCCGCCGCCGACGCCAUGGCCGCGGAGCAACUGAGCCUGGGGCCGGCCGCGGCCGGCGACGAGGUGGCCAACGGCGUCGAGGGCAGGGCGGCGGGGGACGGCCUGGACGACGGCGGCGGCGGCGGCGGCGGCGGCGGAGGGGGGAGGGCCCCGAGGCUGCCGCGGUGGACGAGGCAGGAGAUUCUGGUGCUGAUACAGGGGAAGAGGGUGGCGGAGACGCGGGUCAGGAGGGGCCGGGUCGGCGGGUCGGCGUUCGGGUCGGGCCACGUGGAGCCGAAGUGGGCGUCGGUCUCGUCGUACUGCAAGCGGCACGGGGUGAACCGGGGGCCGGUCCAGUGCCGGAAGCGGUGGAGCAACCUCGCCGGCGAUUACAAGAAGAUCAAGGAGUGGGAGGCCAGGACCAGGGACGAGACGGAGUCGUUCUGGGUCAUGCGGAACGACCUCCGGCGGGAGAGGAAGUUGCCCGGGUUCUUCGACCGGGAGGUUUACGACAUCCUCGACCACCAGGGGUCGUCUUCGUCGGCGGCCGCGGUGGGUCAUCCGGAGGCGGAACUGGCCCUCGCUCUGGCUCCAGCUUCCGCCACGGCGGCGGAUGACGAGGAGGCGGAGGAGGAGAGAGAUGUGGUGUUCGACAGCGGCCGGAGCGCCGCGGCGGAGGACGGGCUAUUUUCAGACUUUGAGCAGGACGAUGGCGGCGGAGGCGGCGAAACCCCUGAGAAGGAUGUCGAGACGCCGGUCCGGGUGGUCGAUGCGGCGCCGGCGGCCGCGGUGCCAAUCUCAGAGAAGCAGUACGAGCCGGUCGUCCUCCGAGGAUCUCAAGGGCCAGGACAUGAGAAACAACCGCCGCCAUUGAAUCCCGAGAUAGGUUCCACAUCCGGGGAUGGGCGGAAGCGGAAACGGCCGAUGGCAGAAGCAGACGAGGAGCCGGUUGGGGUGCAGUACCGCCUGAUCGACGUUCUGGAGAGAAACGGCAAGUUGCUGACGGCUCAACUUGAGGCUCAGAACAACAAUCUUCGGCUGGACAGGGACCAAAGGCAAGACCACACCAAUGGCUUGCUCUCUGUCCUCAACAAGCUCGCCGAUGCCGUGGGAAGGAUCGCCGAUAAGUUAUAGCAGCAGAAGGUUGGGGUCGGCACAAUUGGUUGGGUGUGUACAUAGGAGUAGUUGUUCUCUGAGAGUCUUGGGAGUUCGUUAGGAGAGGAUGAAAAGGGUGAUGGGUAGCGAUUGAAUCUAGCGAUAGGCAGUGAUUAUUUACCGUAAUUCUCAUGACUUUCUUAUUCAACAAACUUAUUCCUUUUUCCAAUUUUUUUUUUUUUUUGGGGCUAUAUAUCUGCGUAUAGGGCAAAUGGCAUGCGGUUUUUUGACACUCUAUUGGUUACGUCCUUUUCCACAGAGAUGAUUAUAGUAAUAAUAAUAAUAAACCAGGAGAUUAGCAGUUUCCAA